CCAGCAUCCAGUUCCGUCUAGUGCCGGUGAAACAGUGUCCCGGGGAUCAUGGCGAGCACACUCGUGGCUCUAGCACUCAUGUGCUCGGUGGGCAUCCACGGCAGAGCUAUCAACUCUGUGAUAGGCCCUUACAUUGCUUACGCGGAGCGCUAUUACAUGUGUGAACCCGACAACCGCCCGCUUCCUUGGAGAUGGUGGGUGCGUACCACUCACUUCAACCCGGUGAGACCAAAGGUGUUGCCGCGAAUAACAGGCAAUAUGACUUCUACAAGUGGAGAUCUUGAUGACAGCGUCUGGGUGAAAACAAUUGUCGAUGUUCGGUCAAACAACCAGUGGAAGGAAAACGCCUUUGUUUUUAAAUUUAACAACAAGGCAUGCCAAAUUGCUAAAGUAAAUAGUCCUGGAUGGUACGAGGUGGUUCUAAAGAAGAGAGAAGUUAAAGGCGCCUGCAUUUUUAAACCUGGAGUUUACGAGUUCCAUGAUGCCCCAAUUGACUGGAAUUUUCCAAAUGUUCCUAUCAUGCCUUAUGGACAUUAUAGGGCCAGAGUUAUGAUUGGUAAAGCGGAAAACCUAUACGCAUGCUGGGUAAUAGAAGCGAAGGCUGUUCCGAAGGUCGAUCAGCACUUCCAUCUUUAUGGUUCGUACCCAAUAUAUCUCACAGCUUUUGCUCAAAUGUGUGGUUCAAACAGAGGCCUGGCAUGAAUAAUGUAUCGUUUGCUUCUUACUGGAAAUACCCUUAGUACAGGCUACAUGUGUAGCCCAUAGUUUUCCCGGGGUUGGAUAUUUCAUAAAACAUUCUGCGAAAAAUUUCCGAAAGAUUUCCGAAAAUUUUCCUUCUUAUUUUUCCACAAAUUUUCUCGUGCAUGUUACGUGGAGGCGUACACACACUUGACGGCCGGGUGACACUGAGCCAUUAAAAAGCGCUACCGUCUUACAGAGUGACGACAAUCGAGUGACAUCAAUAAGGGGUCGAAU